CAAAAUCUUAGGUGUGUGCAACUUGAAGCAACUUUGGCAAAACAUUCUUCUAUUGUGGGAUUUCUAGUGUGUUUACUCAACGAGCGCAAAGAGGCGGGUGUCACAUUGAAAGGCACCUAACAGGAACUGGGUCUUGUGUGACAAUAUUUCCGCGUCAGGUCUCUUAGCGCUACUGAGUUUUGUAAAAGGGACGGGAUUGUACGAUGCGAUGACGGCUGACUGAAUUCAAAACCUUUAAGGGAACACGGCAGAGUUCAGGGAGAAUUCUAAGUGUUGUGAAAAAAAAAGCUCAAUCCCAUUCUGAUGCUUCAGAUCCUCCAGGUUCCAGGUCUAUGGAAAUGCAGGAUCUAGCAAGCCCACAAGGUCGAAUAAGUGGAAGUAGUGAGUCUCCCAAUGGUCCAAAACUUGACAACUCUUGUAUUAAUAACAAUUCUAUGACACCAAAUGGCACAGAAGUCAAAACGGAACCAAUGAGCAGUAGUGGCAUUGCUACAACAGCAGCGGAGGAGUCUUUAGACGGUUUCUCAGGAAUUGGUGGUGGUUUUAGCCCAAGGGAAACACAUCACUUCUCUCCACAUAUUUAUCCUUCCAAGUCGUAUCCACACAUUCUCCCAACUCCACCUUCACAAAGCAUGGCAUCAUAUGGACAGUCUCCAUAUGUCACAGGAAUGCAGCAAACAGCAACUUAUGCAACUUACCCACAGCCCGGCCAACAUUAUGGAAUACCAUCUUACGGCAUCAAGACUGAAGGUGGAUUGACUCAAACACAGUCUCCUGGCCCAACGGGAUUUCUAAAUUAUGGUUCAAGCUUUAAUGCACCUCAACCAGGCCACGGCCCUUACAGUUACCAAAUGCAAGGGGGAAGUUUUACAUCGGGAUCUGGACUUUACACAGGAAGCAAUUCACUUGCACAUUCUGCAGGCUUUAACAAUUCACAGCAGGAAUAUUCUUACACGGGCUUUGGCCAGGGGCAAUAUGCACAGUAUUAUAACAAUUCUCCAUAUACUUAUAUGACCAGCAACAACAGCAGUCCAGCACCUCCUUCGACCACUACAACAUAUCAACUCCAAAGUCCACCAUCUGUCACAAGUCAGGCUAUUACAGAUGCCGUUACAGGUGAAUUCGGUACCAUCCACAGUCCAUCCGCAACCAUCAAAGAUUCAGAGUCGGAUCGGUUACGUAGAGCUUCAGAUGGAAAAUCACGUGGCCGGGGUAGGAGAAAUAAUAACCCGUCUCCUCCUCCAGACAGUGACCUUGAGCGAGUGUUCAUAUGGGACCUGGAUGAAACUAUCAUUGUUUUUCACUCUUUGCUCACAGGGUCCUACGCCAAUAGAUAUGGACGGGAUCCACCUACAUCGGUGUCACUUGGAUUACGAAUGGAAGAAAUGAUCUUCAACUUGGCAGACAUGCAUCUCUUUUUUAACGAUUUAGAGGAGUGUGAUCAAGUUCACAUUGACGAUGUGUCAUCAGAUGAUAACGGACAGGAUUUGAGCACUUACAACUUUGCUACAGAUGGCUUUCACGCUGCAGCGACAAGUGCAAAUCUUUGUCUCGCAACCGGUGUGCGUGGAGGCGUUGAUUGGAUGAGGAAGCUAGCUUUUCGCUACCGGAGAGUAAAAGAAAUUUACAAUACCUACAAAAAUAAUGUUGGAGGUCUCCUUGGUCCAACUAAGAGAGAAUCGUGGUUGCAGUUACGAGCAGAGAUCGAAGCUCUAACAGAUUCAUGGUUAACACUUGCAAUGAAAGUGCUCACACUCAUUCAUUCAAGGUCAAACUGCAUAAAUAUCCUUGUGACAACAACACAACUGAUACCUGCUCUUGCCAAAGUCUUACUUUAUGGAUUAGGAAUAGCUUUUCCAAUUGAAAACAUAUAUAGUGCAACAAAAAUAGGAAAGGAAAGUUGUUUUGAACGAAUAAUUCAAAGGUUUGGAAGAAAGGUGGUGUAUGUUGUUGUGGGAGAUGGCAUUGAAGAAGAACAAGCUUCCAAAAAGCACACCAUGCCAUUCUGGAGGAUCUCAAGCCACUCUGACCUCAUGGCCCUACAUCAUGCCUUGGAACUGGAGUACUUGUAGCAGUUUGUUGGCACUUUAAGACAUAGGAUCUCCACCCUCACUGUUCAUGAACUACAGAACUUUUGUACCUUAUGGCAGCUCCUUACUACAAAGUGUAUGUGGAACCCCAAGUGUUGAAAUACAGCCACAGUUUGUCUUGACCGUUGUCCUGAUUUUAAAUGGAGCUGAUUGAAUCUCUCGGAAAGCAGCUGACAGCUCUGGGAACUGAAUUAUCUCUGUAUGGUCAGAAGAUAUGACACUGCUCAAUAAUGCUGUUUCAAUAGGAGUUCAUACCAGUGAAGGAAAUAGAUUCAAGAAGAUGCCUAAUUUGUUCCCUGCUGAAUAAACGAGCAAGUAAAUGGUCCUCAGAACAGAUGUUAUGGCUAAUGCUUUAAGCAUUGAUAGUCAUAAUAACAAAACUUGUAAAAAAAAGUAUUGUCAUGAGGAAUAUAAAAUUUACACUGAUAAUUGAGUUGUACAAAUGCUAGUGACAUAUUUUAUUUGUGGAGAAAGUUUGCUUCCAUUAUCACUGAUAUCCAGGACACUUCUAUUAUAUAUAAACUGAUGGUUUUGCUUUAACAAUUGUGAAGGUACUUAAAGUAGGAUUUUGCCGUCAGAAGCAGCAAGCACAUGUGAUUUUGUCAUGUCACAAAGUAGUUUACAGAAAUGAAAAUUUUCUUAUAAUUUAAGAUGAGUGUUUACUUUGCUAAGACAAUCAUGUACAGAAAAGGUCAUUUUUUUUUGUAAAUUUGUAAUCAGGCAAUUAUUUUGCAUAUUGCUGUGUUAAAAGCAAUUGAAAGGUAGCAAUGCCUAGUCUGUGAUAUGUGUGGCAAGGCAUUGUGUGCACAAUGAAACUGUGCUGUGCCUUAAAGCAUUGGUGUGUUAUAAUGCAAUGUUUUUUUUUGGUAAAUAUGUAGAUAAUGUUUUUUUAGAUAAUUUUGUCAAGACCAAAACCAUGGAUGUCAAGUGUCAAGGUUUAUCUGCUUUCUUUUUCUAACUUUCCUAUUUCUCCAAAUUAAUAUUAUACUUUUUUUCUUCAAAAGAAAAAUACUCUACUUGAAUAAACUAGAAAAUGAUUCCCUGCUCCCUUCUUACACAAGUAAUAUGGAUUAUAUAUAGUAUAUAUUUUUAUUAUAAAUCCUGUUUCUUUUAAUACUGAGUAGCAUGCGGAGUACGUUCCUAUAACUGUAUGCCCUUAUAGUGUCUACAUUCUUUUUUUAUGGAAGUACAUCAGCAAAAUAAUGUUUAAAUUGUCUUGUUCAAGUGGUCAGGUCCUUUUCCUACUGUCAAUCUUUCAAGCAAAUGUUAGUAUUACCAACUACUAAAGAUUUAACUGAUAUUUUGAUAGGACUUGAUCUAACAAUGGUUCAUCACUCAUUAUUACAGAAAACUACAGGCUUGACCUAUUUACCGUUCAUGCUCCUAACUAUAGCUCACAAUGUUUUCCCUCUCUAGCCAACAUAUGGUCUCUGCAAAGGAUCUUAUAUUCUCCCCAUUUACUUAAAAGGCGUAUUUCUUUGUAAAAAUCUAUUCCUUUAUAAAGUCUCACAGGAGCUGUGCAUCACAGCAAUUGCAAAAAAAAGUAUAUUAACAUAAAAUCUCUAUUGCUUCAUGAUUACUACUAAUAGAUCAAGACCACAGUGAACUGUUGUUGCUAAUAGGUAAUCAAAUGAUUGCAAAUAAAAAAUCAAUAAUGAUAAAAAUCACUGUGGAUUAUUGUUUUGUGUUUUGCAGUAACAAUGACUGGAAAUUAGCUCUCUCCACUUAGCUUCACUGUUAAAUUUACAUCUGAAAAAUACAUGUAUAAACCACCUUAUAAUUAUGAGUUAAGUUAAUAAAAUUCAAUUUGUGAUAUGGAAGCUGAUUAUCAAUUUUAGGUGUUUUCUUAAUAAAUGAAUAGUGUGCUUUAUUAGUUAAUGCUUAUCAAAUAAAGGCCAUAAUUUAUUUU